GUCUGGUUCAUUGGGUCAGUAUGACUACAUUUUGUGGCACAGCGAAUGGCGAAACAGUUAAGCUGUCAGUGAUGUUCUUGUGAAGCACAUUCCUGUCACAGACAAGAUCUUCCUUCCAAGAAUAGUGGGUCAUUCAACUCCAGAGACAGGGAACCACUUCAUCCUUUGGGUGAUCCACCAUAAAACAUUCAAGGUGUUUGACUUCAAAGUCAAAGAAAUUAGGAUAUACGACUCACUGACGGCUCACACACGUAUCAAAGACAAUGACAUGGAGCUCCUCAGAAAUGUCUUCAGACUAUCUGGUGGCCUCCAAGGUUGGAGUGUCAAAUAUCCUUCACAGUGGAAGCAGCAGGACUCAGUCAGCUGCAGCUGAAAAUGAAGUUACUAAUCUGGAGGUUACUGUGGAGGCCCUAACCCUGAACCAGUGUAGGACUCUGCGUCUGCACCAUGCCACCCAGAUGAUCAAAAACCUGAAUGCUGAGGACUUUCCACUGACAAAGGAAGACCUGUUAAAGGUGGAAGAAAAAGAAGCAAAGCUGCAGGAAGCAGAUGCAAAAGAGAAAAACUCCAGCAGCCAUUGCCUGGCCUGGAAGAUAAAUGUUUUCCAUGAGCACAUCAAGACAUACACAUGGGUGCAAUGCACAGUUUGUAAAAACUGGCUGCAUUUUAAGUGUGCUGGUGUGGAGGGUGACUGGAAAUCCAAAGACUUCUUUUGUGGAUGCGACAUUGUGCAAAAUGUAGACAACAUCAUGGAGUCGGUUGAGGCAGAUGACAUUCUGUCCGAUGGAGAGAUAAAGGAUUUGGAGAAAAAACUACUAAGUGGGCAGGUUCUCUCCAACAGAAUGUAUCUGUGGAGACACAGGGGGUUUGAUCCAGCUGUAAAAAAGCUGUACAGUGAACAUCUCACUGUGUUAUGUUAUCCGCGCUCCUUCAGCUGUGGAUGACCUCAAUGACCCUCAGUAGCUCAA